AUGAAGAUACUGUUGUGGUUAAUAUUUCUGUGGGGUUUGGCCGGUCAGGCAAAUGCGAAAACGAUAAUACCACAGGGGCAUUUGAAACCCAAAAUUAUUGAUGAUAGUGAAGAGGAUUCCAGCACAAGAAGUACUUCGACUACAACCUCCCGCCUGCCCACCAUUUUACCCAGCCUCGAAACUUUCCUCUUUUGUAAUGAGGAACAAUAUUUCUAUGAAUUCAUAACGGACAAUAAUCAAACCCAAAUGCUGUGGGUAACCUGGAAUCUAACUAAGGUGGGGGAGAACGCUGUCUUGCCGAAUAUGUGUUCAGCCCAGACCGGUUUGCCGUUGCGAAGACGUUGCUUUCUAUCACCAUCACAGCAGGGUGCCGUAUGGGAAGCAGCCGAUAAUAGCACUGUUAUGAUCCAAUGUCAUCGCAGUAUGUUCUGUGCGGCCGAAGAAUUUCACCAUAAUUUUAUUCAGGGUGAAGGUUUGACACCUCACAUCAACGUAUGGAAGCGUACACGAAUUUAUGAAACAGCCACCUUAGAAGAUAUUUGUCUACAACCAAACGGCCUGCCAUUGAGCCGCCGUUGUCUAUACAAUCCGAAAAGCUAUCGUGCCGAAUGGGAACCUUUACCACGAAAAUUUGUAGAUUUCAAAUGUUUAAGAACUACCGAACAACAAAUCGUUAGCAAUGAAUUAAAUUCCCUACUUGGUAAUGUAACAUCUCGCAGCCGUACCAAUGACCCCAUGACACGUUUACAAACUUCACGCAAUCUCAUCAGAAUACUUGAAAGUCCCUCAAAACGUCGCCUACCAGCCGAUAUUCAUCUGACAAAGGAAAUUCUGAAAUCGUUGAUUGCUGAAACACCCGAUAUUGAACUGUCCUCGGAUGUGUUGCAGAUUACACACAAUCUGAUGGCCAGUGAUCCCAUGGUUCUGCGUAUGUCUGCCGAAUUGAAUGCCACAAAUUCACUGUUGGACACUUUUGAGUCAUACAUGGAUACGAUAGGUGAUAAGUUUGUGUCCGAGCAGCAGUGUCGCAAUCCAACAACAAUGCGGCAUGUCAUAACACAAAAUCCCAACGUUGAUAAGAACUUAUCGUCAUCGCCUGCACUGCCGGCAGUGGAAGUACUUAAUUCACACCUUCACAAUGGUAUUUACGCUCAUAUCAGCGGAAAUAUAAGCGUAUUCUUUGUUAACCCUUUGUGUGCUAACAUUUCGGGCAUUGCCAUCUAUCCAUCAAAACUAACUGCUGCGUCACAUUCCAAAGAAUUGAAUUAUGAUUCAUUUAAUGAUUUCCAUUAUCGUUUUAUCUACAUGAAUGAAACGGUAGAGGGGCUGUUACACGAUACAGAUUUAGAGCUGGCUUCAUUUAUACCGCAGCGAAUGUGGCAACAUUUAAUGGUACACCUGUCACUGUCACAACGUUCACCGGUAAUUGUUUUUAAGGUUUAUGCCCAUGAUGGUCUGUUUGUGGAUUCAAAUAUAUUGCGUAUGAGGAAACCAUUUAGUAAAAUUUUAUCCAUUUCAAUACCGGGAUAUGAAGAUGCCCUACCGGAAAAUUUACCAUUUCUACUGAGACAACAUUCAACAGCGGCAACCAGUUUUGAUACAAACCCCAAUUCAGGUUGUGGUUAUUGGAAUUAUAGUACAUGGACCAGUGGUGGUGUACAAACAACAAGUGAAUCUGCGAGUGCCCAUCACAUCCCCCUGGUGCUCUGCUAUACCAGUCAUUUGACACAAUUCUCCUAUUUGAUUGGUGGCAGUUUUAAACAAAACGAUCUUACCGAUGAAAUUCUAAUCACCUCCGUACAUAUGGAAGCUCUCGAUAUAAUUUCCCUAAUUGGUUGCAGUCUUUCGCUAUUGGGUCUAAUGGGUAUUUGGAUUACAGCGGCCUUAUUUAAAAGUUGGCGUGCACAAGCAUCGAAUAAGAUCCUGCUGAAUAUGUGUGUGGCAUUGACAUUACAAAUGGUUCUAUUCCUAUUUGUCAAUACGGAUGAUGUAUCCGAGUCAUUGGUGGAUGAACGUGAUUAUACGAAAUGUGUAUUUUUGGGUGCUCUGCUGCAGUACUCGUUGUUGGUUUUAUUCACCUGGAUGUUGUUGAUAGCAUUUUUACAAUUUCAACGUUAUGUGACGGUAAUUGGUAUUCAGAGGCCAAAACAUUAUAUUGCGAAAUCGGCAAUUUUGGCCUGGGGUCUACCGUUGAUACCAACCCUGCUGGUGGCUCUCAUUGAUCCGAAGUCAUAUGUACCAUCCACUUAUGAACUUGUAACCGAUACAGGGAUUUGUUACCCGUCUGGUAAUGGUUUACACUUUGGCGUUAUAUUACCUGUCUCUCUAAUUGUUACUGCAAAUUUGGCCAUCUUUGUCUACGUGUUCUUUAGUAUAUCACGCAGUUUAAGUAUGGCAAUGCAGCGUACAGAAAAGAAAUUGAUUAUUAAACAAAUUCGUCUGUCGAUAUUAUUAUUUUUCCUAUUGGGUCUAUCGUGGAUAUUUGGUAUUUUUGCUUUCAUGAAAAUGGGUUUGGUAUUCUCGUAUCUAUUCUGUCUGACGGCAACAUUACAAGGCUUCGUCCUGUUUGUUUAUUUUGUAAUUUUGGAUGAAAAUUCACGUAAAUGUUGGCAACAGGUAUUAUGUCCCAAGCGUGCCCUUAAGGCACAAAAGAAAGCCACCGAAUUGCAGUCAAUGUCUACGGCAUCAACUUCAAAUGGUUUGGAGUUGAGUCAGAUGGAACAUUCACAUGUUCACAGAGCGCCAGGAAAUUCUGGAUUGUGA